UCAUUGCUUCUGAGUUCUUCCUUCUGUUUCUACUCUUAACUGCUGCUGCUUCCAUGGCUAUUUCUCUUAAAAGAAAAGGUGAAGACCAAGAAACCAUACCGGAACCCAAAAGAAGAGCCCCAAACCGCCUUCUUGUAGACGAAGCUACCAACGAUGAUAACUCUGUUGUCUCACUCAACCCCAAGACCAUGGAGCUUCUCCAGAUUUUCCAUGGAGACGCGGUUCUGCUCAAGGGGAAGAAAAGGAGGAGCACAGUUUGCACUGCCUUCCCCAGUGAGACGGUGGAGGAGCAUCAGCUUCAUAUGAACAAAGUGAUAAGAUCCAAUUUGAAAGUCAGGCUCGGCGACAUCGUCACCGUCCAGCUUCUUCCCGAGAUUAAAUCUGCCAAGAGGGUUCACAUUCUGCCACUUGAUGAUACGGUUGAAGGAAUCACCGGAAACCUUUUCGAUGCCUAUCUCAAGCCUUACUUUCUCGAGAACUACCGUCCGGUGAAAAAAGGCGACCUCUUUAUUGUCAAGGGAGGGAUGAGAAGUGUGGAGUUCAAGGUCUUGGAGACCGAUCCUGAAGAAUACUGUGUGGUGACACCGGAAACUGAGAUUUUUUGGGAAGGGGAGACUAUUAAGAGGGAAGAUGAGGAAAGACUUGACGGUGUGGGGUAUGAUGACAUUGGCGGUGUCAGGAAACAAUUAGCUCAAAUUCGUGAGUUGGUGGAGCUUCCCCUCCGCCACCCCCAAGUUUUCAAGAGCAUCGGUGUUAAACCCCCAAGAGGAAUUCUGCUGUACGGGCCACCCGGUACCGGAAAGACAUUGAUUGCAAGAGCUAUUGCUAAUGAAACUGGUGCUUUUUUCUUCUGCAUUAAUGGACCCGAGAUUAUGUCCAAGAUGACAGGGGAGAGUGAGGGGAACUUGAGAAAAGCAUUCGAGGAAGCGGAAGCUAAUGCUCCUUCGAUCAUAUUCAUUGAUGAAAUUGAUUCCAUUGCUCCUAAACGUGAGAAAGCACACGGAGAAGUAGAGAGAAGGAUUGUCUCUCAGCUGUUGACUCUCAUGGAUGGGUUGAAAGCUCGGGCUCAUGUCAUUGUGAUUGGAGCUACCAACAGGCCUAACAGCAUUGACCCUGCAUUGAGAAGGUUUGGAAGAUUUGAUAGGGAGAUUGACAUAGGUGUUCCCGAUGAAGUUGGCCGCCUUGAGGUUCUUCACAUCCAUACGAAGAACAUGAGAAUCUCUGAAGAUGUAGAUUUAGAGAGGAUAGCAAAGGAUACUCAUGGAUAUGUUGGGGCUGAUCUUACUUCUCUCUGCACGGAAGCUGCAAUGCAAUGCAUUAGGGAGAAGUUAUCAUUGUUCGACCUAGAAGAUGAGAUUAUUGAUGCUGAAAUUCUGAAUUCCAUGGCUGUAACUGAUCAACACUUCAAGACUGCUCUUGGAACAAGCAAUCCUUCUGCAUUGCGUGAAACAGUGGUUGAAGUACCUAAUGUCACCUGGGCCGAUAUUGGUGGCCUUGAGUCAGUCAAACGAGAGCUUCAAGAAACUGUUCAAUAUCCUGUGGAGCAUCCUGAAAAGUUUGAAAAGUUUGGAAUGUCUCCUUCCAGAGGAGUUCUGUUCUAUGGUCCUCCUGGUUGCGGAAAAACACUGCUGGCCGAGGCUAUCGCUAAUGAGUGUCAAGCAAAUUUCAUCAGCAUCAAGGGUCCUGAACUGCUUACCAUGUGGUUUGGAGAGAGUGAGGCCAAUGUCAGGGAGAUAUUCGACAAGGCUCGCCAAUCCGCCCCAUGUGUCCUCUUCUUUGACGAACUAGACUCCAUUGCUGUACAAAGAGGAAGCAGAAUAGGAGACGCUGGGGGUGCUUCUGACAGAGUUUUGAACCAGCUUUUGACUGAAAUGGAUGGAUUAACAGCUAAAAAAAAUGUGUUUAUAAUCGGCGCAACCAACAGGCCCGACAUCAUUGACUCAGCACUCUUGAGGCCAGGCCGUCUUGAUCAGCUCAUUUUCAUUCCACUUCCGGAUGAAACUUCAAGACUGCAGAUAUUCAAAUCAUGUCUGCGAAAGUCACCCGUCUCAAAUCACGUGGACUUUGAAUCUCUUGCAAAGAUUACAGAAGGAUUUAGUGGCGCUGAUAUCACAGAAAUCUGCCAACGUGCUUGCAAAUAUGCCAUAAGAGAGGACAUUGAAAAGGAUAUUGAAAGGGAGAAGAACAGGAAUGGUGAAGCCAUGGAUGAGGAUGUGAAUGAGGUACCCGAAAUCAAGGUUUCUCACUUUGAGGAGGCUCUGAAGUUUGCCAGGAGGAGUGUGAGUGAUGCCGAUGUGCUUAGAUAUAGUGAAUUUGCUCAAAGGUUGCAAGAAUCAAGAGGAUUUGGAUUUUGAAGGACUGAAAUCAUCAUAAACAAAACUGUCAUCGGAGAUUAAAAGGAAAAUUACACAAACUAUAAGUUGGUUGUAUUAAAUUGCUAUCUUUACUUUCGACUAUGGUUACAAUUUCGUUUAUUGUACUCUUUUACAUAAUAAAAAACAAAUAUUUCA